AUGCCGAGUACUACUUCGGAGUGCACUAUUGAUGUACUCAGACGCGUAUUUUCGAGAUACGGAUUACCGCAAAUCAUGGUAACUGAUAACGGAAGUCAGUUCACCUCAUCGGAAUUCAAAGAGUUUGUAGACAAGAAUGGUAUUGUACACAAGCGAAGUGCACCAUAUCAUCCUAGCACGAAUGGUCAAGCAGAGCGCUUCGUACAGACAUUGAAACAAGCACUACGCGCUGCAAGAUCCGAUGGAGGAUCACCACAAGCCCAACUUGACAGAUUUUUGCUGGCUUAUCGGAAUGCUAGACAUGCAGUCACAGGUGAAGCACCGGCUGUUCUCUUUAUGAAGAGAUAA